AUGAAAGGCAUCACGACCACUGUCUUGGGUUCGCUUACAAUCGCGUUGGUCGCUGCAAUUUAUGGCGGAAACAUUGUUCGUCAAGGCACAGAGACUUACAUGGUUAGCUUACGCUUCACAGUCGAUGGCGACACCAUCUGUGGUGGCACGUUGAUCACCCCAUACCAUGUGCUUACGUCUGCUGUAUGCAUUGGGCAAAAACCCUUAUUUGUGGUAGUAGGUACUCACCACUUUACCGACAUGAUUGAUGGUGAGCACAUUGCAAUUGCAUCCUACCACAGCCAUCCAAAAUUUGAAUAUCCUCGUCUUGAGCACAAUCUGGCAAUCGUAAGAUUAACAAGACCGAGCAAAUUCUCUCCGAUUCAGUUACCGAAACUCAGGGAUUCUGACCGGACAGUCGGAGCAGGUAUGUUGACGAUUUCAAUGGGGUGGGGUACAACUGAUCAACAGAAUCGUUUCGGGCACUCGGACGUGCUGCGAAGCGUCGAGCUUGAAUUGUGGAAAACUAAAGACUGCAAGAAUGCGACUUCGCUUUCUUUCAUUGAUUAUAGAUUCUUGUGCGCUGGUGGUGAAGAAGGAAAGGGCGUUGCUUUUGGUGAUCAAGGUGGACCUUUGAUCAUUAAAGACAACAAGUCGGGAGUGGGGAGAGUAUUAAUUGGGGUACUUAGUCAGCCUGUUGGUACUGGAGAAAAGCACAUACCGUCUGUGUACACACGCAUUUCGACAGAACUCAGGUGGAUUCUCUUUGUUUUAGUAGAAGAGAUGAGAGAUCAUAGACUAGCGCAGUCGAAGUCUCGAGGAAGCAAUUAG